AGGGGGAACCCCUGACCUGACCUAUGACAUCAUACACAUUCUAGUUGGAUUUUGGACCUUGCAGACGUGUGUAGUAACACCUCGUGUUUUAACUUGUACAGUCGCGCCAUAAUUCAUAUAGAGAAUAAAUGAUAAUCUUUUAUUGUAUGUGGCCCUGUUUGUAAUGAGUAAUUUCACACGAACUGGUGACCACAAACUGGUGAGCCGAACGUGAUAUAUGUUUUAUGGUGACUCUACCCGACGAAGGACUCUAUCGUGCGACAUGAAAAUUCCAUCCAUUCGCAUCGGAUACAACGUUGGACUUUCAUCCUUUUUUGGAACUGCCAACUCAUACAACUAGACCUUCGAAACGUGCAACCACGGAAAUUUUUCGUCGACGGUCGACUUUUCUCAACGAAAAGGUAUAGUACACCACGUGCUACCCUUCUUUGUCCUCGCGCCACGUGCCAUCCUUUGUUUCCUCGCCACGUGCCUUUACGUGCCAUCGUUCUUUGUCCUUUCCCCACGUGCUGAACUGCGCGCACGACGCAUCAUUUAAGGAUAACUACCUCCGCACUGCCACAUCUACGUAAAAAAAAUCAUCAUGUCUGAGGCAGAAAUUAAUGACGAUCACCGUCAUAUAGCACGCAUUGCGAUCAGACCCCCACCCUUCUGGAAGGGCAACCCUAACUUAUGGUUUGCUCAGUUGGAAGCACAAUUUUCGAUAAAUAACAUAACCGUCGACGACACCAAAUUUAAACACGUCGUUGCUGCGAUAGAGCCGGAAAUUUUAAAUUCGGUGCAGGACCUAAUCCUCAACCCGCCCGACCAGAAUAAAUUUUCCACGCUAAAGGCUCGUCUCAUUGACGUCUAUUCGGAGAGCGAGACCUCCAAAAUCAGAACGCUUCUUCAAGGGUUGGAACUGGGAGACCAACGUCCAUCCUUUCUAUUAUCACGGAUGCGCGACUUGGCCGGAAACCAUUUUAGCGAAGACCUGCUACAAUCUCUCUGGCUGUCGAGACUACCUCAUAACGUACAGGCCAUUUUAGCCGCAUCUAAGGAAAAACUCCAACAACAGGCCGCCAUGGCCGACAAGAUAAUGGAAUUAGUCUCCCCCGCUCACAUUCAAACGGUCGAACAUGACCUUGCCACUAUCUCCACCUUGAAGAACCAGGUUGCGGAAUUAGCCCAGCAGGUCAAGAACCUCACAUUAUCCAUCAACAACCAACGCCGCUCCUUCACACGUUCUGAUUACCCUCCCAACAACAGGAGGCGCCGCAGCAAAUCGCGGCAGAAUCAACAGCACAGCACCCUCCACAACGGCAUGUGUUACUACCACGCUACCUUCGGGGAGCAGGCGAGAAAAUGCAAAGCCCCUUGCUCCUUCCGACCGUCGGAAAACUGACUAGGCGGGCGCUUACGGCCAGAAGCCUCACCC